AUGGCCGAGGUCCCCCCGCGCCGGCUCGGCCUGGCCCCCCCGCCCGGGGACGCCCCCCGCGCCGAGCUGGUGGCGCUCACGGCGGUGCAGAGCGAGCGGGGCGAGGCGGGCGGGGGCGGCUCCCCGCGUCGCCUGGGCCUCCUGGGCAGCCCCCUGCCGCCGGGCGCACCCCUCCCAGGACCAGGCUCGGGCUCGGGCUCCGCCUGUGGCCAGCGCUCCUCCGCCGCGCACAAGCGCUACCGCCGCCUGCAGAACUGGGUCUACAACGUGCUGGAGCGACCCCGCGGCUGGGCCUUCGUCUACCACGUCUUUAUAUUUUUGCUGGUCUUCAGCUGCCUGGUGCUGUCCGUGCUGUCCACUAUCCAGGAGCACCAGGAACUUGCCAACGAGUGUCUCCUCAUCUUAGAAUUCGUGAUGAUCGUCGUGUUUGGUCUGGAGUACAUCAUCCGCGUCUGGUCUGCUGGAUGCUGCUGCCGCUACCGAGGAUGGCAGGGCCGCUUCCGCUUUGCCAGAAAACCCUUCUGUGUCAUCGACUUCAUCGUGUUCGUGGCCUCGGUGGCCGUCAUCGCCGCGGGCACGCAGGGCAACAUCUUUGCCACGUCCGCGCUGCGCAGCAUGCGCUUCCUGCAGAUCCUGCGUAUGGUGCGCAUGGACCGCCGCGGCGGCACCUGGAAGCUGCUGGGCUCGGUGGUUUACGCGCACAGCAAGGAGCUGAUCACCGCCUGGUACAUCGGGUUCCUGGUGCUCAUCUUCGCCUCCUUCCUGGUCUAUCUGGCCGAGAAGGACGCCAACUCCGACUUCUCCUCCUACGCCGACUCGCUCUGGUGGGGGACGAUUACACUGACAACCAUCGGCUAUGGUGACAAGACGCCACACACGUGGCUGGGCAGGGUCCUGGCUGCUGGCUUCGCCUUACUGGGCAUCUCCUUCUUUGCCUUGCCCGCCGGCAUCCUCGGCUCUGGCUUUGCCCUGAAGGUGCAGGAGCAGCACCGACAGAAGCACUUUGAGAAGCGGAGGAUGCCAGCAGCCAACCUCAUCCAGGCGGCAUGGCGCCUCUACUCCACCGACGCGAGCCGGGCCUACCUGACGGCCACCUGGUACUACUAUGACAGCAUCCUCCCAUCCUUCAGAGAGCUGGCCCUCUUGUUUGAGCACGUGCAACGGGCCCGCAACGGGGGCCUACGGCCCCUGGAGGUACGGCGGGCGCCGGUACCCGACGGAGCGCCCUCCCGUUACCCGCCCGUUGCCACCUGCCACCGGCCGGGCAGCGCCUCCUUCUGCCCUGGGGAAAGCAGCCGGAUGGGCAUCAAAGACCGCAUCCGCAUGGGCAGCUCCCAGCGGCGGACGGGCCCCUCCAAGCAGCACCUGGCACCUCCGCCGACGCCCACUUCCCCGAGUAGCGAGCAGGUGGGUGAGGCCAGCAGUCCCACCAAGGUACAGAAGAGCUGGAGCUUCAAUGACCGCACCCGCUUCCGGGCCUCCCUGAGACUCAAACCCCGCACCUCGGCUGAGGAGGGCCCCUCGGAGGAAAUGGUGGAGGAGAAGAGCUACCAGUGCGAACUCACUGUGGAUGACGUCAUGCCUGCUGUGAAGAUGGUCAUCCGCUCUGUCAGGAUCCUGAAGUUCCUGGUAGCCAAAAGGAAAUUCAAGGAGACUCUGCGACCGUACGACGUGAAGGACGUCAUUGAACAGUAUUCAGCAGGGCACUUGGACAUGCUGGGCCGGAUCAAGAGUCUGCAGGCUCGGGUGGACCAGAUUGUCGGCCGGGGCCCUGGGGACCGGAAAGCCCGGGAGAAGGGUGACAAAGGGCCCUCCGAUACUGAGGUGGUGGAUGAAAUCAGUAUAAUGGGACGUGUGGUCAAGGUGGAGAAGCAGGUGCAGUCCAUCGAGCACAAGCUGGACCUGCUGCUGGGCUUCUACUCGCGCUGCCUGCGCUCGGGCACCUCGGCCAGCCUGGGCACCGCGCAAGUGCCGCUCUUCGACCCCGACAUCACCUCCGACUGCCACAGCCCUGCGGACCACGAGGACAUCUCCGUCUCCGCGCAGAUGCUCAGCAUCUCUCGCUCUGUCGGCACCAACAUGGACUGAGGGUCUUCUCAGGGGCGGGGCCGCACACGGCCAGCCCCUCGGCCUGGCUCGCGGACCCGCCCCUAGGCCUCCGGACUCCUCUCUUACUUGAACUCGCUCCCUCGUGGGGAGAGAGGCCACAUGCAGUAUUGAGCUGUCUGGG